CAGAGUUGCACCCAGGUCUCUCAACUAGAAUGCUAUUUUGAUCGCUAGAACAGUCUUCUCCCAAAAUUGUUCUGCAAAAUUCCCGGAAGAGCCGGCAUCAACCCGCCUUUUUAGUGCCUCAACAAAGCGUUGAGGGGUAGGUUACACACGGAGGAUCUGCCUCUUCCGGUUCUGCCUCUCCAGUUCGGGAGUACAACUCGGAGUAACGUUUGGCUAUCCCGAGCUUUGCACCCCGCUCCCACUCUCUAAACCUCACUUCUGCCCUCUCCAUUCUGUCUUCUUUUGGACCCGCCUGCAUCGCCCAAUCCUUUCUUUGCGUCAGUCUUCCCACCGCCUCAGCCACGCCCCCUCGCCGCAGGCCGUCGCACGCUAUGUGCGUCAGUCGGCACGGCGCUUUACGGCAGUCGUGCUCCCUGUUACCAGACAGCAUGGAGGCAGAGGAGUCUGACAGUGCAGCUACGGAGCAAGAGCCGCUGGAGAAGAUAGACCAGAAACUAGAGGAGGAAGAGGAGCAGGAGGAAUCCGAAGAAGCAGCAAGUGGCAGCAAGAAGCGGGUAGUUCCAGGUAUUGUGUACUUGGGCCACAUCCCGCCACGCUUCCGGCCCCUGCACGUCCGCAACGUUCUUAGCGCCUACGGUGAGGUUGGACGCGUUUUUUUUCAGGCUGAGGACCGGUUCGUAAGACGCAAGAAGAAGGCAGCAGCGGCCACGGGAGGAAAAAAGCGGUCUUACAGCAAGGACUACACCGAAGGCUGGGUGGAGUUCCGUGACAAGCGUGUAGCCAAGCGCGUGGCGGCCAGUCUACACAACACGCCUAUGGGUGCCCGCAGGCGCAGCCCCUUUCGUUAUGACUUAUGGAACCUUAAGUAUUUGCACCGUUUCACCUGGUCCCAUCUCAGUGAGCACCUUGCCUUUGAGCGCCAGGUGCGCCGGCAGCGCCUUAGAGCGGAGGUUGCUCAGGCCAAGCGUGAAACUGACUUCUAUCUUCGAAAUGUGGAGAAGGGACAACGUUUCCUUGCUGCUGAUGGGGAUCCUGCCCGCCCUGAUGGCUCCUGGGCAUUUGCCCAACGUCCUACUGAACAGGAGCUGAGGGCCCGGAAAGCAGCUCGUCCAGGGGGACGUGAACGGGCUCGCCUGGCUUCUGCCCAGGACCAGGCCCGCUCCAACCGAGGGCUCCUUGCCAGGAUCUUUGGAGCCCCACCACCCUCAGAGAACAUGGAGGGACCCUCCCCGGUUAGAGACUCCUGAAAAGCAGGGAAUCCCCUUUCAUCUCUUGGCCCUGCCCGUCUACCUCAUACUAGAGUGAUAAUGACCACCCAGGCACAUAAUUUUAUUGUAUUUCUUAGAUCAAGAGUCUCUGAUGAGGGCUCAGACAUGGAGAUCUUGUGGGCUUCUCCUCUCCCCCUAACUCCUAUAUGCUUGGCUGAGUCACCUAAUUCAUACGAGCACGAUUAUGACUAUUGCAGAGGUCUGUUUUGUUUGACUUUUGGCUGCUUGCCUCCAGCCCAGUGGAGUUCCCUAAAAAUCCUACUUACUGACAUCAGGAAGGGCCUUAUUUGCAACUAGAGUGAUAAUGCCUUAUCCAGGCAAUUUUGUUCUAUUUAGCAACUACAGGAAAGGGCAGCAGCAGCAGCAGCAUCCUUUUUAUUUAGAAAAAGUUAACAGGUACAGGAAUUAGUAGGGUGGGACUGGGUUGGGAACCACUUUCCAAAUGUAUUUAUAGAAAAUAAAAUAUGUGUUUUCAAAGAAAAUACAUAUAUACUGUUUUAGUUUCAUGGUUAGGGGUCAUUGGGCAAUUUUAACUUUUAUUUUCCUUUUGUUCCAUUCACCUUCAUUCCAUCUCCUGGUCUUAGAGUUCCCUAUUUAACCUGGACUUUUUUUCCUAUUUCUGUCUAUUUAAUUAUGAGCCCAGUUUAUCAGUUAUCUAAUUAAGCAUUUACUAAGCCACUGUGUGAGGAAACAGUGUCAGUGGGUAAUAACAUGUGGCCCUUGGCAUUAAGAUAUAUGCUACUAGAAUAAGGGAGAGAGGCAUCAUGAUACAUGUGUAUAAGAGGUGGAGUGGGGACUGUAGCAGGACAUGGAGUGCUCUCAUGGUGAACCUGAUACAUGAUCAGUCUUUACCAAGGUUUCCAGGUCAUUCCUGGAAUGUGAACUGAGAGAAUGACAGCAGAAUCCUGAAAGAACCUAGUGUGCUCCUACAGUUGCAAACAGUGCUUCAUGAAUGGAGUGUUGGGUUGGAACAAUUGUAAAGGUGGUCAAAGCCUAGGAGGGGAGUCAGGAACAAAUGCCCUGCAGGUGCUCUUAUACGUAUUCAGUUUUAGACAAGGUAGGGUUCACAAACAUGCGUGCAAAGCAGCCCUAUGGCUUCAAAGAGUAAGUGAAAGUCACUAAGAGGUCACAAUAAACUAAAAAAUCUAAACACAGUCUCAUGUAGAUUAAAACUCUCAUCAUCAUCAUCCAGGCUGUUAAAUUCAGGAAGUAGUAGAGUGUGAUUAUGGUUAUUGGAUUUUGCUUGUGCUGUUUUAGUUUCUUUUAAAAAAAUUUUCCCCAGUGUGCCAAUCCAUGUGGUUUUUUUUUGGGGGGGGGUUGGAGUGGAUUUAUCCACUUCUUUAGCUGUAAAGUAUCCCUGCCACAUUAUGAUCUGAACUUGAUGGGUGCACUUUAUUUGGAAGAGUAAAAAUGUCCACACUGUAAACCUUGGUAAAACAUUUCCCACAGCCCACAUACUUAUACUCAGCACACAAAGUACAUCUCCACUUCUUAGGAACUUGAUAUCCUUGUUUCUGUGUUCAUUUCUUGUGGGUUUGUUUCAUGUGGAUUGUUUCCUCAGGUCAUGAUGUAAAAUGAACCAGAACAAUCCAACAUCAGAAUUGCAAAGCCGGUACAUUCACUUAUUCAGAAUUCCAAGUGCCCAUUGCUACCUCUGCUACUUAAAGAUAUAGCAAGGUGAAGAAAAAACUUUUCUGUCUCUCAAUUUGCUAAUAGUUAGAAAGUACAACAGAAAUACUAGAGUUUAAUGAGACUUCUUUGAAUUAAGAAAGGAAUAGUGUUCCCAUGUUGGGCUGUGUUAGGUAUCAAUUGAUAGACUCAAGGAUCAGCAUCUCAGGCUGCACUUCAAAUAAGUAUGUACAAAGAGCUCACCCCUACUGCCAGGAAACCUGGGUAAGUCACAGGCAGAGGAAUGAGAAUAAAUGGGUGCAAGAAAAUUUCCCAGGAGCUUUAAUCUUGAUUUCCCCCAUUGAGGGCGGGAAAAUGAUUUUCUUUUACAGUGACAAUUUUGUUUCCAUUAGAGCAUACUUUGUUUUUUACAUGAGUUAUUUAAUGUAUAAGCAUACGAUGUUGUUAUUCCCUUAUUAAAGCUGAACUAAGAGAUAUGACAUAAUUUGCCACUUAUUUACCUUUUGUUCCCAUUUGUUCCAAAUGCCUUUUCUAGGCAUAUAAAUGCUUAUUGCAUAUGAUGAGUGUUUAUUGCAUGAAUCUUGUAAUGGACACAUAGACUAGAGAGUCAAAUUUUAUUUUAACUAAGACCAAGAGUAGCAAGCUGGGUGAUUUCGGUCAUGAUCCUGUGAUUCAGGAUCUGAUUCAACUUUGUUCCACACCCAACUGAGAAGCUGGAACUCUGCAUUUGUUGGCAAUAGAGUGGGCUGUUUUCUUUCCAAGUAGAAUGAGGAAGCAAGUCUGUCAGAGUAAGGGGGCUUUAAUAGGGCACGUCUGGGUGCCUUGUGAACUUAGUCCUAAAAACUUCAAGAAAAAUGUUUACAGCCACUUUUUCUCAAUUUUCUUUGAUUCCUCAUGCAACUUUCUUCCUGAAAUUUGUCUUGUCAUGUUACAGUAGGGUUACAAGGGAAAAAAACUUUGGUAUAAGCCUUAAGGAUGUGCUCAUGCUCCCUAGGAUGGUGAAUAUGAAUUUUAGCAGAUUGCUUACAACCUGGUAUUAGAACUCUUGCCCUUUUUGAGGGUGUUGGCAGCUGUAAUCCCAGCAGAUGUGAUAAUUUUCUACUUUGGUCAAUUCUGUCCGCUUCUCCCAAGACCACACAGAACUGAGACUGAAUAACACCUAGCCAGAGGAAUGGAAAGAAACGGCUCAGGUUGUGUGCUUUUAUAGCAGGGCAGAAGUUAGCAUGAAAUACCCAGGGAAAGAUUAAAGGGGAGGAAGGGACGGAAGCACUUCAGGAGCUAAUCCUCCAAGCAAGAAAGAGCGGCUUCUACAGGUUGUGUCUUCCUGGGAAACCAGCGCGAGGGCUAGACUGAUGCAGGACUUCACUCAGGGCCUCACAGGUCCCAUGCAGGAUUGUCACAAGAGAUUUGGAAAUUAUAAUAGAGACAGAGAUAAAGUAUAGUUUACAGUGAUGGGGGAGUUGGGUCCUCCAGCACUAGACCUCAUCCCUGGACACGUCUGAGGGCUCCAGUGAAUAAAUCGGCCCCCCACGCAGGUUCAUGUCCACUCAUCUCCUGGAGGGACUAUUGCAGCUUCAGCACAAUUUCCCAGGCCCCAAUGUGAUCCAACUCCUGGCCUUGCUCUGGCUUGGAAUUUAGAGAGGACUGUGUGUUUCCAUCUGUUGUAAGCUCAAUCCAUUUAGGAAUAACUAAUUUCACUGUAAAGAUUCUCAGUGAAAACUUUCAGAACAGUUUGUUAAACAAUUUACCACAUUUCUUGAAGUGGAGAAGUGUACUUUUGGGGCACUUCCUAUGCAUACAUAAAUAGAUGGCAAAAUUGUAACAUGCUUUUUGGGGAGCACAACAGUACAAUUUGAUGCUACUGCAUAGUCUUUUUAACCACUGAAUGGGCCUUCAUUAUAUGAUUAAACCAGGACAUUUUAGCCAUACACUAACUGGGAUAUUUAGGUUAUGUCCGAUUAUUGACCAUUAUAAAAAUGCUGUCCUGAACAUUCCUGUACAUGUAUCAUAUUGAUGGGUAUAGGUUGAAUAUGUCUG